AUGCCUGUCCCUUCCCAUGUAAGCGUUGCGACCCUGCAGUCGGUAUUACAAACCGUUUGCUCCACAGGGGAGCCAGCCAUAAUUGCCCCGUCCUCGUUUUUGGGAGAGCUGGACACCGUCGUCGAUGAGGUAAAAAGACAUGGAAUGAAACUGGCAAGCAUUCCUCAUGGUGGAAUCACUAUUCUUCCCCCUGUUCCAAUCAGUGGUACCGAACUCUUCGACUUUUGCGCAGAGUAUUGUAAAGCUCAAACGCACGAAGAGAGGUUGGCCGUGCGUCAUAAAAUAAAUAACCAUAAUUUCUUAAUGCAGGACCCUCUUCUGCGGAUGCCCUGCCGACAACUGUAUAACCCGGCCGACUAUGUGCUGCGUAUAGUUCACCUCUGCUCAGAGCUUGUUUCUGCUUCAGAGGAAGAGUACCACGGGGCCUACGGCGUCGCACCACUUCUUCAUAUUAACCCUGUUCAAGAUGUUUGCGGCAAGCUGCGCAGCAUGUUUCAAUCUGGCAGCCUUUACGUCAAGCCUUGGAUUCUCGAGGAGGAGGAGGAACGACGAGAAAUGGACGAAAGCAACAGAGGCGUGCUUUUCAAUUCAGAUUCUUUUGGAAAUGGCCGGGGCGGCAGCAGCAUCAGCAGCAGUGAACGGAGCGUCGAUGAGAACGACGUGGCAGACGAGGAUCUAACCGGAGAGGAGGUUGUUGACAACGCGACGGAUACAGUGGUGGAGUACCUCUCUGAAAAGGACUUUGACGUGGUAACGGAGAGCGGUAUAUUCUAUGAUGAUUCUGGGGAACGGGUGCAUGCCAUUUAUCUCCGAGGUGGAAUUAAGAAGGAACUCUGUCAGCGGGCCGCUAUUGCCAUUGAAGAAGCUGCGACGACCAAAAAUCUGCGCAAAGCCGUCAAUGGAGGGAAAACGAACCCGGAAACGGGUAUUGUGGGCUACUAUGACUACUUGAAUAAUCCCACACAGCGCAAGUGCCGUGAGACAGAGUUUACACGAAAAAAUUGGAGUUCUGUAGUCGACUCCUGCGAGCCAUUUCUUGUGGCACUAAAUAAACUUUACAGCGAGUGUGCCCCGACGCAUUACAAACUUCAACGCAUUGCUAUACCGCACCAUUAUCAAUUGUUUAAUACGGUUUUUAGCACAAUGACGGUUAAUCGAAAUUUUCGAACUGCCGUUCACACGGAUCGGGGUGACUUCCGCAGUGGACUGGCCGCUCUCUGCGUGAUAGACGGGGUCUUUGAAGGGUGCCAUUUGGCGAUUAAAAAGUUGGGGAAGGCAUUUCGUCUUGAAACAGGGGAUGUUUUGUUCUUUGAUACUUCCCUGGAACACGGGAACACCGAGGUCCACAACUUUGAUUAUUGCUGGAAGCGGGUGAGCGUUGUCUGCUACCUGCGAAAUGGCCUCAUGUCUCAAAUAUGCGAGAUGGAACGACGCCGAUGGCUUCAGAAGCAGAUGUUGAAGCAACGUCUUCUGGAUAGGAGUCGCCAGAGUGUUAUAAACCUAAAUGCCACGGACCCAAAUCUUCCUCCCAUAUACCUUCCUGGAAGAUUGCUGGAGGUUCUCUCCCCCGUUCAACAAGCCGCUCUUGGAUUUGUUGUGGAUCGACUUAGCAAAGGCAACGGGUGUGUAAUUGCGCUGACGAUGGGAUUGGGAAAAACGUUGCUUUCCCUGGCACUGUGCUAUUCGCAUAUGUAUGACCAAAAUCCACGGGAUGUACUUAUUUUGGCACCGAAGAUUGUUCUUACUCAUUGGACAGGAGAAAAGCAAAAGUGGGAAAAGUACGGCCUUGUUUUUUCACAUUUUGUCGUCUCCGAUGGGACGGACUCCGUUUCCUUUGAAAUCGCACUCAAGCGAUAUAAACAACAGCUCAAUGGGGAGUUGCCCAGAACCAGUCAUGUGUUUGUCAUCAACCCCGAGUACAUCCGGACGGUCCUGAAAAAACUCACCGGAUUUCGUCCAAGUCUUAUUAUUGUCGAUGAGGGUCACCGUGUGUCCUCCAAGGGAAGCAAAUUGAAGGACUGGUUGGAGGGACUGCGGUGCACGGCGCGUGUGAUACUCUCUGGAACGCCUGUGCAGAACAAUGCGGAGGAAUUAUACCGACUCAUCGGCUGGAUAAACAGCGACGUUCAUUCUGUUCUACCCCCACGUGUGUUUACGGAUCUUGCGGGGACUAUCAAUCGUUACAUUAAUGGAGAUGAUUCGGCACUUGCCGCAGCCGUGUCUGCGCAACGUUAUAUUCAAGAGUGGAUGUGUUCCUAUGUUUUUAGCGUCAUGAAGACAGACCUUCCACCACUUAAUGACUAUAUUAUUAUUUGUGGAUUUUCCAGCAUUCAAAGGAAAAUGCUUGAGGAUCAUUUUGGGAUGGAAGGGAUCGAUGGGCUGACAAGCAUAAAGGCAUCUGAGCACCGUCCAUAUCACCUCUCCACACAUCCGCUUUGUUUUUUGGGAUUUAUAUCCGGAGUCUAUAAAUCGCUUAAUGGAAAUCAUAAGUUGACGCCUGAGGCGGAGGAAGAGCUUGAGUCGCAGGAGUAUGCAUCGCAGCUAUAUUCACUGACCGAAGAUGACAUUGGACUGAUUGAUGAGUGUUUAUCGCUGGUGAACUCUGGUUUCCUAACGGAGUUUGUGGGCCUAAGUGGGAAGAUGACUGUUCUCAUUUCAAUAUUGCAUUCAAUUCGUGAAAAAAAGGAGAAGGCCAUCAUCUUCUCUCAAUACGUCGGAUCACAAGACUUUAUCUCGCGAACAUUGACUUCAUUUGACAUCGUCUCCUCCACCAUCCGCGGAAGGGACUGUCAUGAACGUCGAAGACGAACAAUAGAGAAAUUUAGAGAGGAUGAGAAAAUUACUUGCCUUCUCUUAUCAACUCAAAUUGGCGCGUAUGGCCUUGACUUCACUGCCGCAAACCACGUUAUCCUGUGGGACAGUUGGUGGAACCCUCAAGUGGAGUCGCAGGCCAUCGCACGAGCAUACAGAAGGAAUCAAACACGAGCAGUCAUUGUUUACCGUCUUGCCUCGGAGUUCGAGGAUACAAUUGUCCUCAAAACGCAGAUAAGGAAACUGGCACUAUUCAGAUGUAUUAUGAAUGAGGAAGCAUCACGUGCGGUACCUCCUGAAGAGCUGCUGGAUUGCGUUGACACCGAAGAAGAUGAAGGAAGGCGCUUUUUAUGGCGUUCCCUUAAGAAGAGUUACCUGGAGGGUGGUGCACCGGCGGUAUCCAAGGUAUUCCGUCAUGGCGACACGGUGAGAAGUGAAUCAUGGUCUUAA